AUGCUAAAUGAUUCAUAAGAUAUUGCAAGCAAAUUACAAUGUUAAAUAUCAAAAGAAGUUAAUGAAAUAUUGCAAAUAGAAAAUAUUAAUCAAAAUGAAUAUGGAAUUUAUAGAACUAAAAAAGGACACCUUAUAAAAUUUGAUGAAUUCAAUGACUAUACCCUUGAUUAAGAUGUUUUAGUUUACAUUGAUAAAAAAGUGAAAAGUUAAUAUGUUGUAAGAUUCAUCCAUAAUCAUUUUAGAUGUAACUUGAAUUUGAAAAGAAUUAUGAUAUUGAAUAAUAUGUUAUAGAGGGUAGAAAUUAUGUCUACAUUAGAACAAAAUUAAUGAAUAUGUAGAAUAAAUAAGAGAUAAUAAAUUUGCAUUUAUUAAAUAUUUAUUAACAAGGGUCUAUUAAAUAACUAAUAUAGGAAACUCUAAAUGGACUUUAGUUUAGCUUUAAAUUUAAAGAUUAAUAAGAUUAUUUUGUAUAGAUAAUAUUUGCUACUUUGUUUGAUAAUGAUUUUAAGGGAACUGAAUCAUAAGUGAAUAAUCUCGUUUAAUAAAUAUAAAAAAAUUAUGUUUCUUGCCAAAUAAAUGAGUGUAAAAAGGAUAAGGAACUAUUUAAUUUGCUUUAAAAUAUUUAAUUAUAAUAGAUUCCUCCAAAAUUUAUAAAAGAAUGUAUAUAUUUAAAUAUAUAGUUAGGUUCAUUAAAAACAUCAUAAUCUAUUUAGUAUUAUACUCUAAUAAACUCAAUUUAUGCUGCAAAUAUUGAAUUGGAAGAGAAGAAUGAAAUAAAUUUUAAUAUUGAAUUUACAUUAGAAUGUAUAAGAUUGAUAAGUUACAUUGAAGAAAGAAAUCAUAUAAAGAUGGAAUUUGAUUAAUACUUUUGCAUUGAUAAUUUGAUAUAUCAUUUUAGAUUUAGUUCAAGUAGAAAUUAUUGAUUAAUUUAAGUUAGUUCAAAAUUAAUAAAGAUUUAACUAUUAUGUAAUACUCAUUUAAGUUAACAAUGAUAUCAACCAAAAUCAAUUAAUAGAAGAGUUGUUUUUUAUAAUAGAGAAUUUAAAAUGUUAAAAGAAUAUAUAACAAAAUAAUCACAAUUUAGAAAAACUCAUCUAAAUGAAUUCUUCUUUUAUUUAACAAUAAUAAAAUUAAAAUAAAGAAGGAAUUAAAAUUUAAGAAGAUCCUGAUAAAAACAUAUUUAUUGAAGAAAACAUAAUGAUUAACAUAGAUGAAGGAAUUUAGUAAAUUAAUACCUAAUCAAAAUUAUUAUAUUCUAAUAAUAAUGAAAAAAAUGAGGGAAUACAAUUCAUACAAAUUAAUUAAUCUUAAGGAAGUAUACCUUAAAUUGAAAUUAAAUAGGACUUACCAUUAGAAGAAGAUUAAGAUAUUAAAAUAUAAUAAGAACAAUUUGAUACUUAAAAUAUAACUAAUGAUGACAUCUUUGAUUAGCCUUUAUAAGUUGAACAAUAAUAGCAUUAAUAAAGGCUAAAUUAGAUAGAUUAAUAUGAAAAGAAAAUAAAAGAAACUUAAGAAAUUCAAGAAUCUAUCAAUUUUAAUAAUUCCGAUAAAAAAUAAUAGUAAGAAUAAAAAAUUGAAAAUAUAGUUUUUGAUGAAUAUAAUUAAUCUAGAUUAUAAUAGUAGGAUAAUCUAACAAAUUAAAAUAUCAUAGAUAAAUAAUUAUAAAACAAUUAAUAAGUAUAAUAACAUAAUCAUUAAAAUUAAAAUUAAGAUGAUCUUCAAAAAGAAUAAUAAAAUCAUUAUGAUUAAUAUGAAUCUCAUUAAAAUCAUCAUCAUCAUCAUAAUCAUAAUCAUCAUUAUAAUUAAUAAUUUAGAAGUAUUUAAUAUGAAGAUGAAUAAUCUUAUUCUGAAUAUGAAUAACCAAUCCAUCAUCAUUAUCACCAUCAUCAUCACUCAUUCCAUCAUCAUAAUCAUUAAUUAGAUAAUUCUUUUUAAGAAAAUGAUGGUUACAAUCUAAGAGGCUAAAGUGUAGUUUCUAAAAGAAAUAAUUUAAGGGGUAACAAGUUUAGAGAUGAUUCUUUGUAUAACAAUAAUGAUCCAGAAAUAAUUGAUAGAAUCAUAAUAGAAUAUAAUUUUUCUUAAAGAGAAAAUGAUGAAUCAUAAGAACAAUAGUAAUAAUAGGGAAAUUAAUCAAAAAAAGAUCAUAAAAAAGAAAAUCCUAUACCAGGCCCUAAAAAAUAAUAAAUCUAAUAUGGAGAAGAUGAAUCAUAAUAAUCUAAUAAUAAAAACACUUAAAAUCAAAAUAAAAAUCAAUAGAGUACUGAUAAUUAAAAUAAAAAAUAAAAAAGUAAAACAUAAAGUUAAUCAAAUGAUUCAGAAGAAGUGGAAAAUAAUGAAUAAGAGAAUAAUGAUUAAACAUAAAAUGAUAAAUAAAUUGAAUAAGAUGAACCAAAAAAAUCAUCUACUUAAAAAUAAAAUAAUAAAGAUAAGGACAAUAAAUAAUAAUAAAAGGCACCUUCAAAUAAAAAUGCAAAACCAUUAGAUAAAAAUGGAACAAAUUAACAGGAGGAAGAAGGAAGUAAUCAAAAUAAUAAUGAAGAUGAUGAAAAUAAUUCAGAAUAAAAGGCUAAAUCAAAGAAUAAGAAUAAUAAAUAAAAAAGUUAAGAAAAUUAAGAGGAAAAUGAAACAUAGAAUGAGAAUGAUGAUGAAGAAGUAAAAUAAUAAGAACAAGAUUAAGAAGAAGCAGAAAAAGAAAAAGAAAAUGAGGAUGAAGAAGAAAAAGAAAAAGAGGAAUAAUAAUAAGAUGAAAAUCAAGAAGAAUAAGAGGAGAAUGUUUAAGAAAAGUAAUAGGAUAAGCAAAAGUCCAAGACAAAAAAAAAAUAAUCUAAAGAAAAUAAUAAGGAAAAAGAAAAAGGAAAGAAAAAUAAAUAAAAAACUUAAGAUUUAGAAGAGGAAAAUAAUGAGAAUGAAAAUAUUGAAAAUGAAGAAGAAUUAUAUGAUUUUAAUGGUAGAUACAUACCUAAUGAUCCAUUUUAUGAACAUCGAAAAUCAAAAAGAGGAAGAGUUCCUUUCAACUAUCCAACUAGAGAUCCAUAUCAAGAUAUGUUUGAAGAUGAACGAUUUUGGAGAUAUGAAACUAUGAGAAGACAAUAAGUAAGGUAUCCUUUCAAUGGAUAUCCUUAUAGACAUAGAAAGUAAACAGUUGAUCAUUCACCAUUUCCACAUGUUAAUUCUUAUUAUAAAAUGCAUCCUUAUUAGCAAUAGACCUAUCAUUGUUCACCUUGGGUUGGUAGAGACUUUUAUCCUGAUACUGGUUAUGGAAUGAGUAGAGUAACAGCUGCUUAUAAGGGUAGAUAUACAGAUCCUGAUUAAGUGUUAAGAGAUUUAACAAUAAAAUAAUAAUAAUAAAAACAAUGGAAAAAAUCUAUUUAAUAAUAUAGAGAUUAAGUAGGAUAUAAGUAAGGGGACUACGAUCUAGACUUUUAGCCAGAUUAUUCUUAAUCGUAUGAUAAUAUUGUAUAAUAAUAUCCUGAUUAUGAUUCAACUAUUUAAGAUCCAAGUUAAUUUCAACCAUAUGAAGAAGAAUAAAAAAAGAUUUAUGAUUAUUUGAAUGAUCCUUAAUAUAAAUUUAGAUAGGGCAAAAAACCAUUGGUAAAAAAUGAUAGAAUAAAAACAUUUAAUCGUUAUUAGGAGGAUACAAAUGAUUGUUUUGUGGUUUAUGAUUAAUGCAAUUUUUAAGGAAAUAGAUUAGAUUUAUGUGGAGAAUAUCCUGACAUUCCAUAAUAUAUAAAUGGAUUUAAGAUUUUCUCUUUUAUUGUACCUGAUAAUUUAUAAAUAAGAUUUUUUCAAUCAACAGAUUUUGAAAGUAUUAAUAUUAUUUAAAUAAAUUAGACAAUUUUUAAAAUGUUGAAGGAACAUCUGAUUGCUUAAAAGUACCAUAUGAAUUAGUUCCAAAUUUAUAAUAAUGA